AGAAAAUUUAGGAAAUUUCCUUGAUUGGACAAGUCCGAAAUGUCAGCGAUUAGCAGCGUUAGCAGUUGCUUGAAGAUGCGGUUUUAAUCACUUUAUCCUUUUGAACAUACCGAGACAUUGCAAUAGGAUGGAUAAUAACAUACGAGAAGCUGCACCAGAAAGCGAUGCAGACCGACCUGGGGAGCCAGCAGGUUCUAACGGUGAUGGUCACCCAGAGAGUGAUGUCAAACUCAGUGAUGGCAGGAGAGUUACUGCCCCUGAUGGUCACCAGGGGGCCAGCCAAGGAGCUGAUGAUGAUGAAUCUGUGGAGGAAGGCAGUGAUGCUGAACUUCACGAUAGAACGGGAAUGGUGUCUUCACAGGGGCAGGAGAGUUUGAUGUGGAUGAGGUAAUGAGAGAUAACUCCAUAGCUGGCAGGAGUGACAGUGCAUCUCCUGCCAUAGAUCAUGUGUGUGACAGCACAGAUGAAGUCAUACCACCAACUUUAGAGACUGAGACACAGGAUAUCUUGCCGGCGACACAUCCCAGUUCUGCUCUGGAAGAGGAGCCAGCAAAGGAAAGCGGAAGGACAUUGGACAGUCUAAACAUUAGUGGCUCCAGCCUGGAGUCUGUGAGUAUAGACGGUAGUCUCCACAGCGGAGACACCCUGGUGCUAAGAGGAGAUGUCCUCGCUCAGGAACAGGAUCUGUCCCCCAGAGAUGAUGCUAACGUUGGGCAUGAGGAAGAACCGUGCAUUUCUGGUGAAAAGUCUGAGGAAAUUCCUGCAAGUGAAGACUUGGUGGAUGAGCAGGGCUUGACUGAGGCUCCAGUCACUGGUGGAGACAACGAGGCGGAGGUUAAGGCGGAGACAGGAGAGGAAGAUGGAGGCAUGGGGCAUGAGUCUCACCCACAGCACACCCUAGAGGAACAGCAGUCCAGUGUGCUUGCAGGAGUAGAUACGUAUGAGCAGCCCUGGGUGUCUGGAGAAGGAGACAGUCAGUCUAGGUGGUCUGGGAAAGUUGAUAAGAAUGCAUUCGGAGGGCAAGGCAUGGUUUCAUCAGCAUUCCCCUCAGAUGCACAGGUAACUGUCACACAGUCAGCCCAGAAUGUCUCAGAGUCAGCCCAGAAUGUCUCAGAGUCAGCCCAGAAUGUCUCAGAGUCAGUCCAGAGUGUCUCUCAAUCGGCCCUUAGUGUCACACAGUCAGCCCAAAGUGUCACACAGUCAGCCCAGAAUGUCUCAGAGUCAGCCCAGAAUGUCUCAGAGUCAGUCCAGAGUGUCUCUCAAUCGGCCCUUAGUGUCACACAGUCAGCCCAAAGUGUCACACAGUCAGCCCAGAAUGUCUCAGAGUCAGCCCAAAGUGUCACACAGUCAGCCCAGAAUGUCUCUCAUUUGGCCCUUAGUGUCACACAGUCAGCCCAGUCUAACACUCAGUCUGUACACUCCUUAGAGGAUCCUUUGAUGAGCACCCACGGAGGAAGGGACAACGUUCAGGUUUCAGAACCCACAGGCAGAGGGAAUGAGGAAGAUGGGGCAUGGCAAAAUGAACCUGCUCAGUUAUAUUCUCAGUCUGACUCAGCUCAACGCCAUCCGGACUUCCCGUUUAACUACAACAACUACAAGGUGUGUAGGCAGGUGGAGCCAGGUGUGAAGGAGUGCCUGAUAUUAGAGACAGGCGAGCAUGUUACAUGUAGGAAGCCACCCUCACCUGUGCAGGUAACAUCACAGUCUUCAGACGAGGAUGACUCCGCUUCACCUGUCAAUUUCUCAUCAGGAAACCACACCCCUGAACGUCGGAAUUCAGAAACAGGGCCAGAAAACCAGAGUCCUAAAUCUGGCUUCAAGAUAAUUCACAAGAAUGAGGAUGGGACAUUGAGAUUCAGUAAUUUGAUCUUGAAUGCCACAGAUACUCCUUCUCAAGAGGUAGAUAAGUCAGAUGAUGAAGAAUGCCAGGAAAAUGUCUUGGAAGGUUCACCAAAGCUUGACCUUCGAAACAGAUCGUCCAGUGAGCCCUUAUCUCCGAGAGGAGUUAAGAACUCAUCCACUCGUUCACCUCGUUUGGGAAGCGGGAAUUCUUCAACAAACGCAGUCAGUCCGAGAGAUAAUCACUCAGCACGCUCAGCUGUGGAGGGCUCCAGAGUUGAGCGAGGAAGUGCGAGUAGUCCUGGCAAACAAUCGCCGCGGUCUAGCAGCGAGAGCUCAUCUGCCAGAGACAGUGCCGGCAUACGUGACCUUGCAGAUUUGGGAACAGUUCAGGACAUAUACGAGACAGAGUCAGACCUACGGCCGGGGCUUGAGGGUGAUUCACAGCUGGAGGGGGAUGGAUACCACCAUUACACCAGGCACUCGAGCACAUAUGACACAAGGCACCAGACUUGUUACAGAGAAGCUGUACAGGACACCUUCCCAGUUAUCUCCCCUCGUCCUCAGGAACCAUCACUCACGUCACAGCAAGAUAAGAUAGACAUGUCUGCACUGUACCGUGCGGAGCGAUGGCUGGACGAGCGAAAUGCCCGCACAUCAGCAUCACCACAGCGGCCCAAUCUGUCCACGUCCGUCUCCAGUACAGGAUCGGGGCCAAUCCCUGGGUUCAGAACGUUACAGGAACAACAGGCCAGCUGGAUGAAGAUGUUUAAGCUGUUGGAGGAUCAGCACCAGUCUGACCUGCUGACGCAGUAUAAACAGCACCAGAGGAACAUUCAACACUUGCAGGAACAGAUCGAGGAUGACCUUUGUCGCCAGCAGGACAGCUUCCAGAAAAAACUGGAUGUCCACCGCGAGCUCCUGUUGCACAAUUCCUCAUUCGCGGGUAGUUACAUCCCCGCUGACUUUGUGUCUGAAGGUAGCGAGGCAUCGGAGGUGACAGGACGCAGGACUGCUUCUUUACCGCGACCUUUCAUCCGUGAUGAUGAUGACAAUGAUACGGUUUCGGAGAAACUUGUCUCGGCUUCGGCGUUGUUAGUAGAGGACAGCAGACUGGAUGAUCUUCUCCUUGAACCGUCAUCGUUGAUGUCCAGGCAGAAGGUACAUGGCAGUACUCGCAGCCACCAGGUGGACAUGUUUGAGGACGGAUCCCCACGGAUCAAGUCAAACUCUCGGAGUGCUGUACGGGACGAUGUCUCCUCACGUGUGCAUGGGGAUGGAAUGUAUAGCGCCUCACAUCACCUCACUUCUUCAUCUCUACAGUUCUCACCUGUAACUAAACAGGUACGUUCUAGCUCACUUCGAGGAGCUCAAGAUGAUGUGGAGGAUCUCGUGCAUUCGUAUGUCAGUGACCCUCGACACUCAUUAUUGUUGCACGACACCACUAUCAGGAGUCAUCAGGCCCACCUGCACCCAGUGUCACCACCUGCAGGUGAAGGAAACACCUCAGCCAAUGCACGUGUUAGCUUGCGUGAGAAGCAUGCCAAGCACCUGUCGGACCUGAGGAGCUACUACGAGCAGGAGUUACAGGAGCUGAGGGCCGCACUUACCUCCCCUGAGUACAUCAAGUCCCAGUCCCCGUAUAAACAGGUGAUGGAGGUGAACCUGGAGCUUCAGGGGCGUGUAGAGGUGCAAGAGGAUGAAAUCAGCGCUCUCAAGAGAGCCAACAGAGAACUGGAGAGUAAAGUACAUACGUUACAGAGCAGGCUGGAUGACACUUUGGAGAAAUAUGAGGAGUCACAGGUGACAUUGGGUGCCGUGAGGCGUCAACUGGACGAGGUACAGGUACUGUGUACAGAGAAGGACAGCCUGGUGAAACACCUGGAGGCUGACAACAGCAGGCUCUCCACUGCACUCAGUGAUGCCUACAAGAUACAGGAUCAGCAAAUCGCAGAGGCCAAGAGAGAAGAAGCUGCCAUGAAGAGGCUUGCUGAGAGACACGAUAAUUUGAACAGAGAGAAUGAAUCUAACAAGGAAGCCUUGAGCCAAAUGGAUGCAAAACUGUAUGAUAGCAGAAUGGAGAUUGUUCAGUUAAAAAGAAUGAUUUCCAAACUGGAGCUGGAAAAUAAUCGUUUAGGUCGAGAGAACAACAAUUUGAGACACAAAGGACUGAUUUCUUCUCUUGGAUUGUCAACAUUCUACCCGCAGAGUGGUCAGGAAUCAGGGCUGGGUGAGUCCAUGAGUCCUCAGACCUCGCACUACCCGAUGGAGUCACGCUGCGUCUCGGGCCAGCCCUCCCCUGACAUGUCUGAGAUACUUAGUGACAACGAAGAGGAUGUUGACCUUUGUUUGAAUGGUGAACCAGAUGUAUUCCAUUCUCCACCCAGAACAAACCAGUCCCCAUCCCAGGGGCGAGAUGUCCGCAAAUCUCCCCUCGUGAAGGCGGAAGAGGACUUAAGAACCUUACGCAGAACUGUAAAAGAAAACCUUGGUCAGAGUUUAGCGCAGCAAAGGUCCUUUCCACGGAGUUCACGUGGACCUGGACGUGGAGUGGAGCAAAGAGGAAGUAACUCCAGGAGCAGAUCACCAUCUAUGUCUUUGCCAAGUAGUAGCAAUAAGUCUAGUCCUAAUAAUGGUGUGUCUUCCAGUCAGAUCAGCAGUUACGCGACGCAGCAUGUGGGGAGUGAUCCUACAACAAUCAUCGACACUUUGAUGAGCAGGUCAACACCGCAGCGAAAACUCUUCACGACAAACGUGGACAGACACUUGCCCACAGGGGGUACGCCCACACGGUUUGAUAUCGACAUACGACCAGCUCCCAGCAGCCGUGCACCCAGCAGCUCCAAGAAACGCACAUCUCCGGUUAAGAAGGAUAAAGCUGGGACAAAACUACAGCAAAGUAACAAGGAUAUGGGUGUGAACUCGGCAGUAGAGAGCACCCUGGAGAAGAUGAGGGCGGGGGAGUUCGUGACACGACCCAGCUGGGAGAACAGAGACACUACAACAGUGAGGGGAGGAAAGGCAGCACAGCCAGGGGGCCCUAAGCAUCGAGAGGAAAAGAUUCAGGAGAGAGUACGUGCUAUCCAUGAUCUGGAGGUGAAGUAUGACGACCUGCAGGUGGAAAAAAGACAGUUGGAGUCGGCAUUAAGUAAAGUGCCCUUACAUGGAAAAGUGAAUCAUCAUAACAGGAAAGCAAAGGAAGACCUAGACAACCAGUUGGACAAAGUAGAGAAAGAACUCGGCUCUAUACGCAUGUCUCUGAAAAGAUACCAUGUUCUGAAAACAUCCAGCCAUUAGCCCGGCCAGUUCAUUGAGGCACAAGAUGGGACUGCAAGAAGCGUCCAGCCGUGACUUCCAUGAGCAUUUGUGAAAUCUGGUUGUGACUUCACUCUGAUUCCAAAGGCACAUGCAACUGGGCUUUUAGCACAAUUCCAUUGUGACUUGGGCUAGAGUCACUGAUUGGAACCUUCAGACCAACAGGUGGGACUGUCAGUGUCUUAUUUGCAGCUGUAAAGCAUGGAACCUCAGUGCUUCCAGUUGUGACAGUCAGAGCUUCCAGCUUGGGUUAGAGUCACUGAUAGGAACCUUCAGACAAACAGGUGGGAAUGUCAUUGUCUUAUUUGCAGCUGUAAAGAAUGGAACCUCAAUGCUACCAGUUGUGACAGUCAGAGCAUCCAGCUUGGGCUAGAGUCACUGAAAGGAAUCUUCAGACAAACAGGUGGGACUGUUAGUGUCUUAUUUGCGACUGUAAAGCAUGGAACCUCAAUGCUGCCAGUUACAACAGUCAGAGCUGCCAGCUUGGGCUAGAGUCACUGAUUAGAACCUUGACCAACAGGUGGGACUGUCAGUGUCUUAUUUGCAACUGUAAAGCAUGGAACCUCAUUGCUGCCAGUUGUGACAGUGAGAACUUCCAGUUGUACAUGCAACUAGGCUUUUAACACAUUGGCUGGUUCCAUCAUCACAGGCUGAAAUGACAACUUCACUGAUUGGGACUUUCUCAACACCAGAUGGAAGUAC